UGGCCAGACCUAAUAACUUUCUCUCCGGUGACGCGCAGCGCAGGAGCGCGCGUUGCCCCGCAAGCUUCUGUGAAAACAGGAGCAAGAUGUUAGUGAAGAAGAGGAUGAGCGCUGGAAGCGAGAAAUGCGCGGCGCCUCUCUGGAGAGUCUUCCCGCACCUGGCGCUGUGCGGCACGCUGGUCGCGUACGCGGCGCUGGGUGCGCUCGUCUUCCAGAGGAUCGAAGGAGGAAACAAACCCUCCAAGAUCCAGGAGGAGUACCGCGAGUUUCUGGGGGAAGUUGUUGAUAUUGUGCGGAACCACAGUGAAAACACCUCCUGUUCUCAUGGCUGCUUGGUAAAACACGUGGAAAAUAAGAUGAAGAACUUUAAUUCAAUUUGGUUCCAGAAUCCCGAUUACUGGACGUUUUUUGGGUCAAUGUUUUUCUGCUGCACAGUUUUCACAACAGUAGGAUACGGUGAGAUCUACCCGGUUACCCUGUCUGGUAAGGUGGUGUGUGUCUUGUAUGCCAUGGUGGGCAUCCCGCUCAUGCUGCUGGUCAUCCUUGACGUGGGAGACUUCCUGGCUCUGCUGAUGACCAGAGCUUAUGUCCAGGCUCACGCUUUCUUCAAGGAUCUGCGCUCCCAAAAGUGGUCACCAGGGAAAGCCCAGGACAGGGCAUCAGACACACGGCGCCGGGGCCUGGAUGAUGGCACCUUCGUUUUCAGUCAUGACGUGGUGGCCCUCGAACCCCUUGACAUUCGGCAGGUGCUGCGCAGCCAGGCAGAUGUCCGUCACAAGUCCAUCCAGCUCCAAAACAACAAGGAGAUUUUUGAAAAGAUUCUCGCCAGGGACAAUUUACAGAGGAAGGGCCCUCUGCUCAGGACCUUCUCCUGUCCAGAACUAAAUCAGCUUCCAAACCCCCCCAAAGGAUUCACCAUGUGGGACUUCACAGGGUUAGGAGAUGGAAUGGACAAACUUGACGUUCCCUUCGUGCUGAUUCUUUUUGUUGUGUUUGCUUACAUUUGCCUCGGCGGCCUGAUUUUGCCUCUGUGGGAAAAAGACUUCAGAGAUUUCGAUCCGUACUACUUCUGCUUCAUCACUCUCACCACUAUUGGUUUUGGCGACAUUAUACCCAAGCACCCCAAAUACUUCAUGCUCAUCUCGCUGUUCAUCAUUGUAGGCAUGGCCAUCAUGUCCAUGGCUUUUAAGCUGAGCCAAACUCGGAUCGUGAACUUCUACCGCAAGUGCAUCAAGUUAAUCACCAGGGGAAACUAUGAGGUUUUCAACAAUAAAGACAAGAAACUAGAUGACAGCUGAAAGCAGCAUGGAAUGACCCUUGUCACCAAAUAUCUCCUUUUUAAAAGGUAAAUGUAUGUAGAAGUUUGGGUAAGUUUUCGUUCAUGUUGAAAUGUGACCUGUAACUUGAGGGGGGAAACAUUAUAUAUGUCUAUGAAGGAAAAUCCCACCCCUAAUUUACCAUUGUAAUAUAGAGGAGGAAAUAGGUCAUGAAUAUAAGAUAAUCUUUCAAAGUCCCAUCCUUUCUUUUCACACAGCUGUAAUCUAUUAGCUCAGAUUUUUCCGUUUACUUCUUAUUAUUUUUAUUAAAAGUUUAAACAAACAGAAAGCUCAUUUCUUAAUAGUGACAUAAUCAUUUCAGAGAAAAAAACAUCUACCUUUCGUCCAUCUUUACUGAUUGCAGGAUAUGGUUUGUUGGAAAACUAAAUAAAAAUAAAGAUUGAGGGCAGGACCAUACCUCCCCCUGUUAACAACCUUCAACCCUCGUGUUAUUUCUCGAUUCUUUAAACCUCCCUCAGCUCUAAUUAUCCACACAAGACUCUCCACUCACUCUUCUCAUCCCUUCUUUUGUUCUUCAUGCAUGGAUUCUUCCUCUCUUCCAACCAGUUUGUUCUCCUCUUGUAGUUCUCUCUUUUACUUACCUGUCAUCAUUUUGCAGUCAUGCACCCUCUGCCAUCCAGCCUUCCAAAAUCUGAUCAUCCAUCCAACCAUCAUUCCAUCUUUUUGUCCAUCUGUCCGUCCGUCCAUUCAUCCAUCCAUCCGUCCAUCCAUCCAUCCAUCCAUCUACCUGUUCAUCCAACUACCUAUCAAUCCAUCCAUCAAUGUUUAUUCUGUUUGUUCGAACAUCCAUCUGUUCACCCAUCUUUAUGUCUGUCCGUCCAUCCGUCCAUCCAUCCAUCCAUCCAUUUAUCAAUUCAUUUAUCCAUGUAUCUGUCUACCUGUUCAUCCAGCUACCCAUCAAUCUAUCCAUUGUUCCACCUUUCCAGUAAUCUGACCUUUUAUCCUUUCAUCUCUCCAUCUGUCCACCAACCUGUUCAUCCGUCCAUCCAUCUGCCCACCCUUCAGUGUGUAUUUCUCUUUAUCCAUCCUCUUCAUCCAAUCAUUCAUUCAUUUCUUUUGUUCUAAUUAUAUUCCGUUCUCUUCUAGUUCUUCCUCUCACAUGUUUACUCUCCCCCUUGAUCCAUCCCCUUUUUUCUUUGCUCAUUCUAGGCACCGCAGCACCAUCUGAGUCUGUGAUUGGGGCAAACUCUAAUAAGAUCAUGAGGCAGAACUCCACAGAGUCUCCUAGACUACCACCUGUUCAGUUACCCAGACAAUCCUGCCAAAUUUCCAACCCACAACUCGACACUGAACACUUACUUUUGCAUGUGCAGUCAGAACAGUUUGCCUCAGCUAGUUGUUGGUGCUUCAUCUUUGCAUCCGUAUUCCUCAUGUGUCAUACUACAUUGAUGUGGGAUGUCAUUCUUGUAUGAAAAUGAAAUACAACACUGUAAAUGUCUUGAAUUACCCAUAGGAGCUAAAUGAAAGACUGAAUUCCUGAUUAUGUUUGGGAUGAAGAAGGGAACCGUGAGCGUUCUGCCUGAUCCCAUUGCAUUGUUUGUGGUGGUUUAUAACUAAACAAAACUAGGUUUCACAUUAAACUAUGUACAUUAAUGUUACAAUGAAUUUGUCAUGACUGUUAUGGGCUAUAUUUAUU